UGCUCUCUGCCGAUCCUUUUCCUCCGCGCGGACUUGCGAGGUGCCCCAAAUACUCAGACCCGGAAAGCUGCAGAUCGCCGCCUUCUCGGUCCUCGCCUGCCCUUCUUCCCGACUCCGCUACCGGCUCGGCCGCGAUGGCCACCCGCUGGGGAAUCUGCGCUGCGGGCAAGAUCGCUCACGAUUUCCUCGUAGCCUUGAAGACGUUGCCCCCUGAAGACCACAAGGGAAGCAGCAGGUUGAACACUCAUUUGAACGUGGCAUUGACAUGCCAAGUUUGACUUGAGUGUUUGCCACCCAGCCCUGGCUCGCUGUUGUCUUCUUCUUCCUGUGGGCCGGGCAAUGCCCUCCUGCAUUUCAGAAAUGCCACGUUCAGCAGCAGGACAGCCUGGACAACUAGAGGGAUACACGCUAAACACGCCUUGGUUCAGCAGAUCUUCCAGGGAGCUCUGCUAAGCAGUCUAUGAAUGACAAAGGGCAAAGCAAAAAGUACAAGAAAAGGAAGUUAGAAGAACAGGUGAAGCUGCCACCUUUUAGGAACCUCCAUCCUUAAAUGUUGUUCUGGCAAGAGCUCGGUCUACAGGUAUUCAGGUAUUUCAAAGAAUGUGAUCAUUGUCUGAAAGCAUUAAGGUGGUCUAGUGAGCUAUUCCUUCCUGCCAAUUGACAACCAAAUCAUUAGGGGGAAAUAAAAGAAAAGGAGAAAUUCCAACGUGACCUCCACAGCUGAGAUCUGCUGUGAGAACAAUACUGCAGAGGAGGACUUCAAAACUGUUGGAACUAAAAGUGUAGAGAUGACAUGUUGCUACUUGAUCUCUAGAAUGCCUCUCCUCUCCCAUUCUGGGGGCUUUGCUGCUGCCUACUGAUUUCCAUUUGCCACAGCUGGUGUAUACCAAAGUCCAGAUUUCAACUCUCCUCCCACCCAGCACUUUACUUUCUUGACCAACUUAGACAUUCUCACUUUCAUUUGUUCUCUUGUUCUGUUCUCUGUUCCUCUCCACCAUGGGGACCACACGCUGGGGGAUCUGCUCUGCUGGAAGGAUCAGUCACGAUUUUAUUGUGGCUCUGAAGACUCUGCCAGCAGAAGAUCACAAGGUGGUGGCCAUUGCUUCUCAAGAUCUGAGCCGAUCUCAAGAGUACGCCAAGAUCCAUGGCAUCCCUAAAGCCUACGGUUCCUAUGAAGAAUUGGCUCAGGAUCCAGAUGUUGAUGUGGUGUAUGUUGGAGUCAUUCAUCCAUACCACCGCCCAGCCAGUCUCCUCUUCAUCCAGGCUGGGAAGAAUGUGCUCUGUGAGAAGCCUCUGUGUAUGAAUUCCACUGAGGUCCAGACACUGGUGCAGGCAGCUGAGGAAAAACAAGUCUUUCUUAUGGAGGCGUUCUGGCCCCGCUUUUUCCCUGCUUCUGAGAAGAUCCGUUCCCUACUGAAGGAAAGAGUCCUGGGGGAUGCAGUGAUCUUUCAUGCUGAAUUUGGGGUUACUCUGCCAAAAGUUCCCCGCUGGCAGCAGAAAGAGCUAGGAGCAGGUGGCCUGCUCUCUAUUGGCUUGUACUGCGUCCAAUGGGCCUGCAUGGUGUUUAAUGGGGAGACACCAGAAUCCAUAGUGGCCUUGGGAUUUGUGAAUGAAACAGGUAUUGAUGAAGCUGCUUCUAUCAUCCUAAACUACUCUGGGCAACGCCAAGCAGUCCUUACUUACAACACAAAAAAUUUUAUGCCCAAUCGAGCAAGUAUUAGCUGCACAAAAGGAGUAAUUGAGGUUCCAGGCCAUUUGUGGAGCCCAACCAAGCUGGUUGUUGAUGGAGAAGAGGAAAAUUUCCCUGUUCCUCCUUCACCCCGAAAACUUAAUUUUUCCAACAGUAUUGGCCUACGCUAUGAAGCACAACAUGUCCGGCAGUGUCUUCUUCUGGGGCUGAAGGAGAGCCCUAUUAUGUCGCUUGCAGACAGCAUGCUGAUCCACUCCAUCUUGGAUGAAGUCCGUAGGCAAAUGGGGGUCUCCUAUUCUCAGGAUUAUGCAUGACCCAUCCCAGACGUGGAUAACAAAAGACAGAAAUAAGAAGCGCUAUUUUUUAAAUGAAAUUUGGCAACAUUGUCAAUACUGAUGUUGAAGCUCUCCAUUGGAUG